AUGGGUGCCGGGGCCAGCGCCGAAGAGAAGCACUCUCGCGAGCUGGAGAAGAAGCUCAAGGAGGACGCUGAGAAGGAUGCCAGGACCGUCAAGCUGCUGCUGCUGGGAGCAGGGGAGUCGGGGAAGAGCACCAUCGUCAAGCAGAUGAAGAUCAUCCACCAGGAUGGUUACUCACUGGAAGAAUGCCUGGAGUUCAUCGCAAUCAUCUACAGCAACACGCUCCAGUCCAUGCUGGCCAUCGUGCGGGCCAUGACCACCCUCAACAUCCAGUACGGGGACUCAGCUCGACAGGACGAUGCCCGCAAGCUGCUGCACCUCUCGGACACCAUUGAGGAGGGCACCAUGCCCAAGGAGAUGUCAGACAUCAUCGGGCGGCUCUGGAAGGACACGGGCAUCCAAUGGGGGGGUCUGGGGCUGCCAACCCGUGUCUCAAGCCUGCUGUGCCCGGCCAGCUACCUGUCAGACCUGGAGCGCCUGGUGACCCCUGGCUACGUCCCCACGGAGCAGGACGUGCUGCGCUCCCGUGUCAAGACCACCGGUAUCAUAGAGACCCAGUUCUCCUUCAAAGACCUCAACUUCAGGAUGUUCGACGUGGGUGGCCAGCGCUCGGAGCGGAAGAAGUGGAUUCACUGCUUCGAGGGGGUGACCUGCAUUAUCUUCAUCGCGGCCCUCAGCGCCUAUGACAUGGUCCUGGUGGAGGACGACGAAGUGAACCGCAUGCACGAGAGCCUGCACCUCUUCAACAGCAUCUGUAACCACCGCUACUUCGCCACCACCUCCAUCGUCCUCUUCCUCAACAAGAAAGACGUCUUCCUGGAGAAGAUCAAGAAGGCCCACCUCAGCAUCUGCUUCCCCGACUACGACGGGGCCCAGCCCCGAGCAAUGUCCCAGCUCCCUUCCUAG